AUGGCUGACACCAAAAACAUUGACCCGCCAGAGACGGCGCUCCCAGCACCAGAAGUUCUCGCUGGAAUUACCGAGGAGGAGUUGACCAAACAGAGAAGCAAGCUGCCAAAGGAAGAGCAUCCAUCUGGAAAAGAGAGCUAUGGAGCUUUUAUGCAAAUCAUCCGCGGCUCUUGUUUUGCCCUCUACUUCAACUCAUGCCUUGUAGUCAUCUUCCUUACCCAGCUCAUCGGGGCGCCGCUGUACUUUGUCAACCGUGACUGGUACUACGCUUGGAUGGCCAUGACGAAGCGCUCCUUUGGUCUUACCAUAACUCUCAUGACCCAAAUCUGGGGCCCGACAACGAUACGAGUGAGCGGUGACGAGUCGGUCGCUGGGCAGAUUAAGUUGCGGUCCGAUGGGGGAGUGCAGUUCGAGUUCCCUGAGCGCUUGAUCCUAAUCGCCAAUCAUCAGAUUUACACUGACUGGCUUUAUCUUUGGUGGAUUGCAUAUGCCAACUCUCCAAGCAUGCAUGGACAUAUCUACAUCAUUCUCAAGGAGUCACUCAAGCGCAUCCCACUUGUCGGCUUGGGUAUGCAGUUCUAUAGUUUCAUUUUCAUGUCGAGAAAAAUGGCCUCCGAUGCACCCAGGAUGGCUUAUCGUCUCAACAAGUUGAAGCAGCGCAAGGUUGAUCCCAAUGGAAGAUCUUAUAUGGAUCCCAUGUGGCUGCUUUUGUUCCCAGAAGGCACCAAUCUUUCAAAUAACGGGCGCAGAAAGUCUGCUGGCUGGGCUGCCAAGAGCGAUCUCAAGGACCCCGAGCAUGUCUUGCUUCCACGAAGUACGGGUAUGUUCUUCUGUCUGAACGAGCUGAAGGGAAGUAUCGACUACGUCUACGAUUGUACAGUCGCGUAUGAGGGAAUCCCGCGAGGUGGAUUCGGUGAAGAGUACUUUGGCCUUGUCAGCACAUACUUCCAAGGACGCCCUCCCAAGUCGGUCAACUUUCAUUGGCGCCGUUUCCGAGUGAGCGAUAUUCCCCUUGAAGACCCCAAGGCUUUCGACCUCUGGCUUCGCGAGGAGUGGUAUAAGAAGGAUACGUUGAUGGAGGAGUAUAUGGCGACUGGUCGAUUUCCCCGCAUGGUAGGCAGUAAGGUCGACUACAUCGAGACCGAGGUCAAGACACGUCAGCCAUGGGAAAUUCUUCAAAUCUUUGCCGUUGUUGGUACAGCUGCACUGAUUUGGCACAACAUCAAAAAGACAUUUACGACCAUGACCACGGUAUUUCGAUAG